UUUUUUAUUGGUGUCUUGCCUACAGUCUGGAAAGAUGUGAAUGCACGAAAUAUUAAUCUUAAUGCCCCCACAUGCAUUUAAAAGAAUGGCAACUGGAAGAAAUCUCGUUGGAGGAGGAGGAAGGAGUUCUCUGUCUCGAGAAUCUGUGCUAGAAAGGAUAGAGCUGAGGCAACAAGAGUUACUCCUUAAACUUGAUGCUGUUGAGAAAGCUGUACACAAUCAGAAGUAUGCUACGCCACAAUUCAGUGACAUGGUUCUACAGCAGAUGUACAAGUUCUAUCAGGAAGAACAGUUCUGUGAUUUUAGCAUCAAGGUGGAAGGCAAACUCUACCAGGUGCAUCGACUUGUGUUGGCGAGUUCUAGCGAUUAUUUCCGUGCCAUGCUGUCACACGAUAUGGUAGAGACGCGUGAAGAAUGCACCAAUCUGAAAGGAAUGACAAAUCUCGGCAUUGGGCCAUUGAUUGAAUAUGCAUACACGGGCAAACUGGAGCUGACUUUAGACAAUAUACAACAUGUUAUAUCAGGGGCAACUUUUCUACAAAUUUCCGCAGCUAUAGAUCUAUGUGUGAACUUCUUGAAAGAAAACAUGACUUUUGAAAAUGCAGAAGAGCUUUUGAAAAUGGGAGACAUGUUCAAUGUGCCUUCUCUACGAGAAUACUACAGGGCCUAUUUAUUAAAAAAUUUCCUCAAGUUUGUUGAAUCCGAGUCAUUUCUAAAAAUAGACGCAGACUCAUUAGCUGAUUAUUUAUCAGACGAUGCACUUGUUACGACAUCGGAAUCGAUGCUGUUUCAUCAUUGUUUACGCUGGUAUGAUUAUGAUGCAAAAAACAGGGAAAAAGAUGCACACAGAGUGUUUGAGAAAGUUAGAAUUACUCAUGACAGGUCACCUCUGAUACACUUUGCAUCAACUCAAGAAUUAUUUAAAAAUAAUCAAAAGUGUAGGGAUAUAUUAGAAUUUUCUGAGCAAUAUUUAAAUAAUGAUUCAAAACGUUACUUUGAUAAUACUACAUUUAGAACUAAAGUUAGAUCUGUGCGUCAAACAUUAAUUCAGGUGGGUGGGGUAAUGGAAACUCAUGAAGACUACGACACAUUCCAUGAAAUAUUAAAUCAGCCUUCAGAUGAACGCUAUGGAUCUAACAUGAAUAAUUAUUUUCAUCCGGAUCUGAAAGCUUGGUUUCCAUUAGGAAAUGUAGGGACGUUUUCAUCUCGUCGGUCACAUCAACAGUUUGUCGAGGUCAACGGAUGUGGUGUGAUGGUAGGAGGCUAUGAAUAUCAUGUGUCGGGGAAUAAUGUUAGUAAGAUGUGUAUCAAAGACGUUAUGAUGUUCACUGCCCAGGGUCAGUUUGAUAUAUGUGACAUGCCCAGUCUUCAGCAUGAAAGAGCAAGGCAUGCGGCUGUGUAUCUAGAUGGAUAUAUUUAUGCAAUUGGUGGAAAAGAUGAUCGUCAAACUUUAAAAUCUGUAGAAAAACUUGACUGUGAAAAUGAAGAAUGGAGUUAUGUAAAGCCUCUGCCUAGAAAAAUAUUCGAUCAUGCAGCAGUUUCUUGUAAUGGGAAAAUAUAUGUAAGUGGAGGAGCUGAAUUCAGGGAUGCAAAGAAGAGCAUGUGGUGUUAUGAUCCUCAGCGAAAUAACUGGAACAAGAAAAAUGAUAUGAAUUGUGCUCGUGCUGGUCACGGUAUGGUAUGUAUGAACUCUAGCAUCUAUGUAGCCGGUGGCUACAAUGGUAAUAGAGAAGCCACCAACCCAGACGGUCAUCUCAGGUGCCUCGUGUCCGUAGAACAAUACUCCAUAGAGACAAACCAGUGGACGAAACUUUCUGCCAUGAAACAUGGUAUUGCUUUCUUCCAGAUGACUGUGUUAGAAGGUCGUAUAGUUGUGCUAGGGGGUGUUGACUCGCAAGGACGACUUACACAAUACAUGCAUGAAUAUCUUGAUGCACAGGACUUGUGGAAAAUAUUUGGAGAGCUGCCUAGACCAUUAAAAAAUGCAAGUUGUGGUGCUGUAACAAUCAAGUUGACUGACACUGGUAGUAUGGAAGAUGAAAAUGAUGAAAUUAAAGAUAGAUACAGAGAUAUGUGAGUAUUAUAUUUACAAGAAUGAUUUUAAAAAAUUUUUGACGCUAUCUAA